GAUACAUGAUGUUAAAAAGUUUCUAGUAAUGAUGAUAGAGAUUAAGUACACGAUUUUGUUUAAUGUAAAGUUAACUUCGUAAAAACAGCUCAGAAAAGCUGCUGCUGGAUUGAUUGAUACACCGAUGUCUGACAGCGGAUCAGCGGAUGAUUCAACCGAAUUGACCUUGUUUGAUAUUGCCUGGGAGGAUGUCCUUUAUGCCGUAUUAUUUCCGUUUCUCUCACUAAAGGAUCUGUUUAAUCUACGCUGUUGCUCUCGAUUAAGCAAGCAACUAGUCGACGAUGGAUUUCGCCGAAUUCGGAACAUUAACCUCUCGGGAAAUAAUUCCUCUGGUGUGGAAACAGCGUUUCAAGUAUUAUCGCAAAAAUGUAGAAGCAUUCGAACGGUGAAUUUGGCUAAAUGCAACUGGUUGCAAGAUGGUGAUCUUAGCAGAUUCCUUAGGACAAACACUAAGAUAACGAAAAUCAACCUGAGUGAGUGUCAUAAUAUAUCCACUACUUCACUUCAACCGAUAAUCAUUGAGUGCAAAGAUUUGCUAGCAUUGAAAUUAGCCAGAUGUAAUUGGCUUACAAUCGGUGCAAUGGAGGCUUUAACGCUGCACCAUUCACAAAUCCAAGAAUUAGACAUCUCAUACUGCAGCUCACUGAGUGAGCGAUGCAUCACAAUAUUCUUACAAAACUGUCGGCUUCUGAAAACGCUUUCGCUAGCGUAUAUUCCAAGCGUAACGGAUAAUUUAUUAUAUUCUAUUGCAAAGAAUUCAAAUGCCAUGAAACACUUGAACAUUAUCGGAUGCCAAAUGACAACGGAUCGGGGUGUAGGUGCCGUUUCACUUUAUUGCACUCAGCUAGAAUCUCUUAUGGUUCGCGAUUGUCCAUACAUUACCGAACGCAGUUUGGCGUUGCUGCGUGGACGCGUCUUCAUAGAUCGAUCCCGGGAUUACCAACAACAGCUGAACAUAGCUCCUAAUGUAGGGCUGCCAAGGCUCUAUUUGCAAGUUUAGAUAAAACGACACGCACCUGUGUUCAAAGUGUAUUUUUUGAUAAAAUAUUUUCUACAUCUGCAUACAUAUAUUUAACAAGAAAAUUCAUAAAUUGUAAAAUUAUUUGUUUGUAUAAUUGUUGUUAACUAGAUGUUAGUGGAUUUUAUCAGAACCAAAUUUGAAAAAAAAAAUUAAAUAAAUGUGAUGUUUUGUAUGGAACAGAAUUGAUAAAAGCAUUUGUUAGCAUUUGCCACUGUUAUGGUCGGGCCACCACGAUUUGUUCAGUUUUAGUAACUCGUGAUACCUUUGUACAAGCAUUGUGAAACUUCUUACUGUGACAGCUAACUUUUCACAAUAUUGCGAGUUUCAAUCCUGUAUUCAAAACACGCGUACUGAAUUCACUGAUUGAAAUAAUACAAUAAAAGUUUUGCAGGUGCAGUUAACUUUUCUUCAAGAAAUGAUUCAUGAAAUGCAAUUAUCGGGAUAAAUAUAGAAAAUUUAUUAAGUGUGUUGUGCUCUAUUCGAAGGCUAUUGAAAAAUCCCGUUCAGUUAGGUAUUUGGGUAGGGUAAGGGGCUAAAUGCUACAAAAGCGUUUAUUGUAAAGGUCGGGCCACUUGUGUAGCCAUGGUUGGGCCACCAUAAUUUUAAGCACAGAAGCGCAAUUUUCGCUAAAGAACGUCAGUCGCGGGAAAUUUGAUGAAAUAAAGCCUAAU